GUCAGUUUGCUACUUUAAAGCCCGAUGGAUUCCCUUAUGCUAUUGUAAGCAUGUUCUUCGCCUAUUUAUCCAGUGUUUUCAUCUAUGCUCUUCCACCUUUCAUCGCAGCUGUAUGGUUCCCUAGCAACGAAGUAUCACGUGCUUGUGCUUUCGGAAUUUUCGGUAGUCAGCUUGGCAGUGUUUGUGGAUUUCUUCUCACUCCUUUUAUGGUAUUCAGUGACUGUUCAAGGAAAGAUCUGAUUGAAAACGGCAAGUUUAACGUGGCAGUCAUUCUUACGGCAGCGAACAUUGGAAUGCUAGUCUUGACAGCUUUAACCUUUCAGAAUGAGCCCUUAAAUCCACCAAGUGAAUGCCAAGCACUCAAAGAAAAAUCAACGUGUAUGCCGUAUAAAACUUCUGCACUUCGUAUCAUACGAAACAAAUAUUUUGUUUUGUUACUAUUCUUGUAUGGUUUAUUUGUUGCUACUUUCAUAACCUUUGCAACAAUGUUGAACGAAACAGUUAUUCAUUAUUUUCCC